AUGAUCUUGCGAAGUUAUGAGCUUUCCGUGAUGGAGCCACUGAAAACUAGCAGAUCAGACACAUGCCAUAUAGGAGGGAACAUUGACGACACGAGUUUCAGUGCUCUUUUGCUCGAUAGCGAUGAAGAAUUAGACGCUUCAACGAUUAUUCCUGAAAAUGCCGCCGUGGUUCGCACAGGUACCUGUAACGAUCUGACAUCUCGCCUGGGCGCCUUAUUGCUGGACAGUGAUGAUGAAAGUGCGUCUGACGACGGAGACAGUGAAGAUAAAGAAAAUGCCGUCCCCGAUGAUCCUGAUUGGUCUUUCCGUGUUGAUUCUCUGUCUCCGUUCAUAUUUGAGCCCCCUCCAAUUUCUCCUCUUGACGACAUGGAUGUCGGUCCUCCUAUCCGGCCCGUCGAGUUCUACAGAUUGUUUCUCAACGAUCGCUUAGUAAAUGC